AUGGCGACCCCGAACCCAAUUCUCCCGGAGAAGGGAAAGAAUAAUAUCCUCAUUACUAGCGCACUCCCAUAUGUCAACAAUGUUCCUCAUUUAGGCAAUGUCAUUGGAAGUGUACUGAGUGCCGACGUUUUCUCGCGAUUCUCGAAGCUGAGGGGCAGACCAACGCUAUUCAUUUGCGGUACUGACGAAUACGGCACCGCAACAGAGACGAAAGCUUUGGAGACGGGCCAGACGCCUCAAGAACUCUGCGACGAAUUCCACAAGAAGCACAAGGACGUUUACGACUGGUUUGAGAUUGCCUUUGACCACUUUGGGCGCACAACUACAGAAAAACAGACGGAGAUUGCGCAGGACAUCUUUUUGAAGCUUCAUAAGAACGGUUUCUUGGAGGAGAGAACGACCACUCAACCAUACUGCGAAAAGCACGAGUCUUUCCUUGCUGAUCGCUUUGUCGAGGGUACAUGCCCAAAAUGCCAGUACGAUGACGCGCGUGGAGAUCAAUGCGACAAGUGCGGGAGUCUUCUUGACCCCUUUGAAUUGAUCAACCCUCAUUGCAAAAUUGACGGAGCAACUCCUGUCCCACGAGAAACCACCCACAUAUUCUUGCGACUCGAUAAAGUCGCAUCAGAUAUCGAUAAAUGGUUUUCCAAAUCAAGUCAAGAAGGAGAAUGGCCACAGAAUGGUGUCAGCAUCACAAGAUCAUGGCUGAACAAGGGAUUGGAAGGUCGAAGUAUCACCAGGGAUCUCAAAUGGGGCACGCCAAUACCAUUGCCAGGAUACGAGAAGAAGGUCUUAUAUGUUUGGUUCGAUGCUUGCAUUGGUUAUCCCUCCAUUACGGCAAACUAUACAAAGGACUGGGAGCUGUGGUGGCGCGAUCCGGAAAAUGUCAAGCUCUACCAAUUCAUGGGCAAAGACAACGUCCCCUUCCAUACUGUCAUUUUCCCUGGGUCGCAGAUUGGAACUGGUGACAAGUGGACCAUGUUGAAUCACUUAUCGACCACCGAAUACCUAAAUUACGAGAACGGGAAGUUUUCCAAGUCCAGAGGUGUUGGUGUAUUUGGAGAUACUGUCAAGGACACUGGAAUCCCCCCUUCGGUCUGGAGAUAUUAUCUUUUGGCCAACAGACCCGAGACUGGUGAUACGCAAUUUGAAUGGAAGUCCUUCAUCGCAGCCAACAACAGCGAACUGCUAGCCAAUCUCGGAAACUUUGUCAAUCGACUUAUCAAGUUUGUCAAUGCGAAACUCGAUGGUGUUGUUCCUCAAUUCUCAGCCUCAUAUACCGAUGAAUCCUUCGAUUUCCCUAACUUCAUAUCCGAGGUGAACGCUCUCCUUGCCGAGUACGUUGCUGAUUUGGAGGCUGUAAGAUUACGUGCUGGAGUACAGAAGCUUAUGCAAAUAUCUGCACGUGGUAACUUGCUCCUUGCAGGCCGUUUGGACAACACCAAUCUCAAGGACAGCCCAGAGAGAACGCAUACCAUCAUUGGACUCGCUCUCAACCUUUCAUAUCUUCUCGCAUCGCUAGCUUCACCAUACAUGCCAUCGACAGCCACGUCAAUCGUAGAGCAACUUAAUGCACCUUUAGGUCAAAUUCCCGACAAGUGGGUCCCAGAUGCUCUGCCCGGUGGCCACAAGAUUGGUAAAGCUGCAUACCUGUUCACCAAGAUCGAUGACAAGAAGGAGAAGGAGUGGAGAACGAGAUAUGGAGGAACACAAGCAUCGAGAUUGGCGGAGGAGGAGGCAAAGGCUAAGAAAGCUGCGGAUAAGUUGAGAGAUAAAGAGCGCAAGAAGACAAAGAAAGAGGCGGCGAAGAAGGGUGAAGAUGCGAAGAAGGAAGAGGUUGAGAAGAAGGUCGAGUUACCACUUAGAGGAGUUGUGGCUGAGGAACAGGCUCCACCACCUGCAGCGGCACCGUGA